CCUACCCCCUUUUUCGAUUUUAUGGUUACAGGUUACAGUCAGAAUUGAAGACGAAAAUCACUGAUCAAAAGCUUGUAUAAAAUGACAUGAUGUUUAUUUACGAUUGAUUUAGUUCCUUUUUCUAAUUUCUCCUCCUCUUAACCCCAGACUUGGCACCCUUUCCCAACAUACAAUACUACGCGCCAACACCAGAGCCCACCUUUUCAGAUGGCGAACCGGGAGGGUCUUAUUAUCCUUCCGAGCACAAGCGGGCCAUGUGGCAGCUUAUACUUGGCAUUGGUAUGGCAAUCGAUAUCACGUUAAAAAAAUAUAUACAUAUAUUCUAAUUUUGUCCAUUUAUUUCUUUAGAGCUAAAUGAAAAGCCAUUAUGAUACUAUUAUUUCUUUGUGUGCAGGCAUGGCUGCGAUUUUAAUUCUCUCUUUGGUAAUAAUUUGCGGCGUUAAAAGAGGAUACUUAUCAUGUCAUGCAAUUCUCUGGUGGAAAGAAGAUGCAAUGAAUGAUCGGAGUAGUGCCGAGGAAAUGAUAAAGAAUUAUGGAUCAAUAGCCCCAAAGCGUUACACCUAUUCAGAAGUGAAGAAACUGACCAAUUCCUUCCGAGAUAGAGUAGGACAAGGUGGAUUUGGAGUUGUAUACAAAGGGAAGCUCACUGAUAGUGAUGGACGUAUCGUUGCUGUGAAGGUCCUUGGCGAGGCCAAAGGUAAUGGAGAGGAAUUUAUUAACGAAGUGGCCAGCAUUAGCAGAACUUCGCAUGUUAAUAUAGUCAAUCUUUUGGGGUUCUGCUAUGAGAGGAAUAAAAGAGCUCUAAUAUAUGAAUUUGUUUCUAAUGGAUCUCUUGAUAAGUUCAUAUAUGACAGGGGAACUUCAGUCCCAAAUUGUCAUUUGGACAGCCGAACGAUGUUCCAAAUUGCAGUUGGCGUUGCUCGAGGACUAGAGUACUUGCACCGAGGUUGCCGGACAAGGAUUCUACAUUUUGACAUAAAACCUCAUAAUAUACUUUUGGAUGAAGACUUUUGCCCCAAAAUCUCUGAUUUUGGCCUUGCUAAACUAUGCAAAACAAAAGAGAGUAUUGUGUCAAUGACAGGCAUGAGAGGAACUGCAGGAUUUAUUGCACCGGAAGUUUUCAGUCGGAACUUUGGUGGAGUCUCUCACAAAUCAGAUGUUUAUAGCUAUGGAAUGUUGGUUCUUGAGAUGGUUGGAGGAAGAAAAAAUUUUCAAUCUGGAGCAUCUCAUACCAGCGAAAUAUACUUUCCCCACUGGAUAUAUAACAAACUGCAACAACAAGAAAGUUUUGUUAAUACUUUUGGGGAUAUAACAGACGUGGAAGAAGACACGAUAAAAAAGUUGAUAAUAGUAAGUUUAUGGUGCAUCCAAACUAAUCCUUCAGAUCGACCAUCGAUGGCUAGGGUGAUAGAGAUGUUAGAAGGUACCCUUUUAUCUCUACAAUUUCCACCAAAACCUUUCCUGGAUUCCCCUACAAGGUCGCCUUAAAAUACUUCCUCAACUUCACUCAUAAAAAACCAACCAUUUGAAAUGGUUGUGAAGUUAGAAUUUUGUUAGUAGGGGGCUAGCUUAUUUGAAGAGAUGUGACCUCUUUAUGUAUGUGAUGUGUGUGUUUAUGCAAAAUAUUAACAGACAAGUUGUAAAUUUAA